AUGAGGAAUAGAUCCCAAUCUUUCAUCACCCCAAAUCUCAUAUUCAUCUGUUGCACAAUUGUGGUUCUGCUCAUUCUUUUCUUUCAAAGAACAAGCAUCUCUUCUUCUUCAAACUCCGUCUCGAAAACAAAUCUCUCCGACUCAACCACACAACAAUCUAGAUGCCCAUCAACUCCGCAACAAUGCACCAAAUUGCCCACUUCUCUAUCCGAUGCAUUGGUUCACUACGUCACCACAAAGAUCACUCCGCAACAAACGUUUAAAGAAAUCUCCGUCUCUAAGCGAGUCUUGGACAAGAAAUCUCCUUGUAACUUCCUCGUCUUCGGCUUAGGACACGACAGCUUGAUGUGGGCUUCUCUCAACCAUGGUGGUCGCACAUUGUUCCUCGAGGAAGACAAAGUUUGGAUCGAGACCGUGACUACGAAAUUCCCGAGCUUAGAAUCAUACCACGUCGUUUAUGACACGAAAUUGAAAGAUUCGAACAAACUAAUGGAGCUAGAGAAAACAGAGGAUUGCAAAUCUGUGUCUGAUCCGAGAGUUUCGAAAUGUGCUCUAUCACUCAAGGGUUUUCCCGCGGACGUUUACGAGACGCAAUGGGAUCUGAUAAUGGUCGAUGCUCCCACUGGCUUCCAUGAGGAAGCUCCGGGGAGGAUGAGUGCUAUUUACACGGCUGGUCUUUUGGCUCGUAACCGUUAUGAUGGCGGCGAGACUGAUGUUUUCGUCCACGACGUUAAUCGGGCUGUGGAGGACGAGUUCUCGGCAGCGUUCUUGUGCCAAGGAUACUUGAAGGAGCAGCAAGGGAGGCUCCGGCAUUUCACCAUCCCUAGCCACCGGGCUCGCUCCGGUACACCAUUUUGUCCAGCGGAUGUCAGUCGCCACCGUUUUUGA